AUGGCCGACCUCGUCCCGCUCAACGACGUCGAAAAGUGCUACUGGUCGCCCCAGGCCUUCCUGCGCUGCUUCCGCGCCGUCAAGUGGGACUACGCCGCCGGCCUGCGCCGCGCCGAGGAGACGUGCGUCUGGAGGCGCGAGUACGCCGUCGAGGACAUGAAGGAGGACGACGUCUGGACCGAGGGCGAGACGGGCAAGGAGCUCGUGUUUGGCUACGACGUCAACGCGCGCCCGGUCCUCUACAUGCACCCUUGGCGGCAAAACACCGAGGUCGGCCCGCGCCAGAUCGCCUUCGUCGUCUGGUGCCUCGAGCGCACGAUCGACCUCGCCCCGGCGACCGAUCCGGCGACCGAGAUGCUGUGCCUGUGCAUCGACUUUGGCGCCAACGUCAAGGACGCAAAGGGCCAGCCGACGACGCUCGGCCAGGCGCGCAAAGUGCUCGAGAUCCUCCAGACGUACUACUGCGAGCGCCUCGGCAAGGCCAUCUGCGUCAACAUCCCGCAAAUCUUCUUCGCGUUCUACAAGCUCGUCUCGCCGUUCGUCGACCCGAUCACCAAGGAGAAGAUCCGCUUCCUCGAAAAGCCCGACGCGACGUCGCUCAUCCCGCCGUCGCAGCUCCAGAAGAUCUUUGGCGGCGACGUCAACCUCGAGUACGACCACGCGACCUACUUCCCGGCCCUGACCAAGCUGUGCAUGGAGCGCAAGCAGGCCAACCUCGAGCGGUGGCGCAAGUACGGCCAGGGAAAGUGCGGCCUCGACGAGGCUAUCAUUCGCGGCGCGAGGGUGCCAGAGGGCGCCGCAGAGCCCUCGACGGCGGCAGCAGGAGCAGCGGGCGAGGACGCGAGCGUCGAGCCGCCGACGGAGCAGCUCGCGGCGGCGAGCCUCGGCGGCGGCAGCAGCACCGACAGCGGGCACGCGGCGUCGACGGCGGCGAGCGACGCGACGGUCGCUGUCCCGCCGGUCGUCGCGACGACGCCUGGCGCCGAGCCGGACAAGUUCGUCGAUGCGCCGGUCGCGCCGGCGGCCGCGGUUGAGAAGGCCGUUCCGAGCGUCGCCUAG